GCACACGUGGACCACUUGGACGCGUUGACAACACUGACCGAACAGGAGGGUCCGGCCAAAGGCACCGGACAUCAGUUGGAAGAGUUCUCGUCCCAAGACUUUGCCCACCACUUGACUCUUUACGGGUGGCAACUGUUCCACAAUCUCGACGAUUACGAACUCAUAUACCACGUGUUCGGUCGACACAACUUCAAUGAGAUCACCGCCAAUCUGGACGUGUUUUUGCGGCAUUUCAACGAAAUCCAGUACUGGACGGUCACCGAACUGGUCCUCGAGAAGUCACUCUCCCGUCGGGUGCAGCUCUUGAGGAAGUUGAUCAAAAUUGCCGGACAUUGUAAGGAUUACCAGAAUCUGAACGCAUUCUUCGCCAUAAUAAUGGGCUUAAGUAAUGUGGCGGUGAGUCGACUGUCCCAGACGUGGGAACGGCUGCCAAACAAAAUUAAGCGCACAUUUUCGCAGUACGAGUCGCUCAUCGAUCCGUCG